AUAUCCCUGCACUUUCCUAUAAACCUCGGAGAACGACCGAAGAGGAAAUGACUCGCGAAGUUUCAGUCAACGGCAGGCAGAGAGGCCAACAGGCACCCUACGCUCAAGCGGCUUCUACCGGGUCCGCGCAUGAGGUAGAGGUAAAAGAAGACGGUGCUCUCUCCGAGCCCCAGACCGGCAUAGUCUCUGAAGUCUCCCGUGCAGUUCUCGAGUAGUCGGCCGAAGGCUCUUCCCCAGCAUCAAAACCCGCCGCAAGUGAGAACAGAAACAGAACUGAGCCACUCGCUACGGCUGAACACAUUUCACAAGAAGAUCGCGAAAAGCACGACAGGGCGCUUCAACUUGCUCAUGAUUUGGGCUACUCCACGCCCGGCAUGGCCGGGGACUUCGCCAGGCGAAUUAGGG